CAGCCCGAGAGCCGGUAUCUUCUAGGAGUUGGUCUCCGCCCUUCGCGCCCUGGUUGCCUGGGGUCGCAGCCUGACCCGGGAGUCGGCAGAGAUCCUGGCAGUGAUGGAUGAGGACCUGAUUUUGGCGCUGCGGCUACAGGAGGAGUGGAACCUGCAGGUGGCAGAGGGCGAGCAGAUGCAACAGCCCCUGUCGCUGGUGGACGCGUCCUGGGAGUUGGUGGACCCCACCCCGGAUUUGCAGGCCCUGUUUGUGCAGUUUAACGACCGGUUCUUCUGGGGCCAGCUGGAGGCCGUCGAGGUGAAAUGGAGCGUGCGAAUGACCCUGUGUGCUGGGAUAUGCAGCUAUGAAGGGAGAGGUGGAAUGUGUUCCAUCCGUCUCAGUGAGCCCCUUUUAAAGUUGAGACCAAGAAAGGAUCUGGUAGAGACCCUCUUGCAUGAAAUGAUACAUGCCUAUUUAUUUGUCACUAAUAAUGAUAAGGACCGGGAAGGGCACGGCCCCGAGUUUUGUAAACACAUGCAUCGCAUCAACCGCCUGGCCGGAGCCAACAUAACGGUGUACCAUACUUUUCAUGACGAGGUGGAUGAGUAUCGGCGACAUUGGUGGCGCUGCAAUGGGCCAUGUCAGUACAAACAGCCGUAUUAUGGCUACAUCAAACGGGCUACCAACAGGGCACCCUCUGUUCAUGACUAUUGGUGGGCUGAGCACCAGAAAACCUGUGGAGGCACUUACAUAAAAAUCAAAGAACCAGAGAACUACUCAAAAAAAGGCAAAGGAAAGACAAAACUAGGAAAGCAGCCCUUACCAGCAGUAGAGAACAAAGAUAAACCCCAUAGAGGUGAGGCACAGGCACAGCUGUUAAUCCCUUUUAGCGGGAAAGGAUACGUUCUAGGAGAGACAAGCAGUUUACCAUCCGAGAAAAUUAGUGGCUUACAUACCCUUAAUAAAACCCAAGAUCUUUUAAGUCAAGAACUUUCAGCGGAUGCUUUAAGACUUAAUUCUAAAAAUGAGGUAAAAUUUGAACAGAAUGGUUCAAGUAAAAAAACUUCUCAUCUGGCCUCCCCUGUUCUUAGCACCAGUCACCAAAAUGUUUUAAGCAACUAUUUUCCUAGAAUAUCAGUUGCCAACCAGAAGGCUCUCAGAAGUGUGAAUGGAUCUUCUCCAGUAACAAGUCUAACAGUUAGUGACGCCGCUAAAAACUCAGUCUCUUCUGGUCCUCAGAGAAGGGUGACAUCUUCUAAGAUAUCACUAAGAAAUUCUUUAAAAGCAGCAGAAUCAACGUCCAUGACUGCAUCCCAGGAAGUGAGUGGGUCUGAAGAUAAAGUCCUGAAUAAACGACCCAGGCUAGAAGACAAGACUGUUUUUGACAAUUUUUUUAUUAAGAAAGAGCAAAUACAAAGCGAUGGUAACGAUGCAAAGUGCAGUUCACGUCCUGUGACCCCAAGUCAGAAUUCAGGUAGUUCAUGCAGUCAGAGCAAGAUGGUUAAUUGCCCGGUUUGUGGGAAAGAAGUUUUGGAGUCUCAAAUUAAUGAGCAUUUGGACUGGUGCCUUGAAUUGCCUGGUGAUAAGAUCAAAGUCAAAAGCUGAAAAUGUCUUUAAAAAAUGAAUGAGUCUCUGCAUCCAACCUGUAUUACCUCACUAAUGUGCUACGUCAGCCAUUUGGCAGUUUUGGGUUAAUGCUAAGAUUUGUCGGUUAUAAUUUAGUUCAUACAGCCAAUACAGAGUGUUCUUUAACAAUGUUUUAUAUCACGAAGUGCUACAUUCAACUCUUGCCUUAUGUAUACUGUAGCCCAGAGUUUGUUCUACCUGUAGACAUGUGUAAUUUUUAGGGACUUUUAAAUCUGUUAAUCUUUUUAUUUGUAUACUUUCCUAAAAAUACUCAUGAGGAAUCCUG